AUGGCAGCCAAUGCUGCCCCAAAUGGAGAACGACAACGGAAGUUCCUGGAGGAAGAAGAGAUCAUAACAGUAGGAGGAGAAGACAUCCAAGAUGGGAUAAGUAGGUGUGAGAAGAGUUUAAUGGGGAGAUUACUUGCAGACCGGCUGUUUUCCAGAGGCACAAUGGAAGUGGCACUACAAGCAAUCUGGAGACAUCCUAAAGGAUUUAGAGUGACGGAUCAUGGAGGUAAUCUCUUUCAAUUUUACUUUGAUGAAGAGAUGGAUGUAACACGAAUUGAGAGAGGGACUCCAUGGUUAUUCAAAAACUUCAUUCUAAAUCUUAAAAGGUGGAAGAUGCACAAUCCAAUAACAGAUGCUGAUUUCACUUAUGUGCCAAUAUGGAUACAAUUUUGGGAGUUGCCGGAACACUACAAAAUAAGAGAAUUGGGUAGAAAACUUGGGAGUGCAAUGGGAGAAGUACUGGAUGUAGAUCUUUUCCAAGUUAGAGGCAGAGAAAAUAGAAUUAUCAAAGCAAGGAUCAAUCUUGAUAUAACAAAACUGCUGCGGCGUCUCACACAAAUAGUAGGCCCCACUAACAAAGCCAUUGAGGUUGCACUCAAAUACGAACAUAUUGAAAUUUUUUGCAAUUAUUGCGGAUACUUAGGACAUGAAACAAGGAACUGCAGCAAACAAUUGGACGAUUCCUUACGGGGAGACGUGGGAGAAGAAGGUUGGGGGGAGUGGCUAAAAUCAAAACAGGUUGGUAGGAGAAAGCAAGGUUCAAAAGAAAAUACAAAUUCUAAUACCUCCUCAGCUGAUGAAAGGAGUCAAAGAAAGGAGAAACUACCCACCCUAGUGAAUCUACUUAAGGAGAUGGCAGAAUUAUCAAUGGAUGAGAUCAGAGGUAAAAAGGUUGAGGAUGACAUCAAAGAUGGCUCAAACCAAAACAAGGAAAAAGCCAACCAAAGUGGAGUCGUGCUAGAAAUCUCGAAUGAAAAUAGUAGUGCCAGGAAUCACUGCCAAAAAAAGAUGAUUGACGGAGGAGCAGUCGAAGGCUUGGACGGGAUGAAAAAUUUGGAAUUUUGUGAAGGUAGCAAUCAAAGCGAACAACCAAGUAUGAAAAAGACUAAGCUGAAACAAUUAGCAAGAAAGUAA